GGCAUCGCAACCCCGUUGCAGGUCCAAUUGGCUUAACACUUCCUGAUCCGGAAUCCAGAAAAGGUACAUCAACCCUUCGCAGGUCAAUCGGCUAAAACCACGCUAUACUUCCACUACAAUGUGGACGCACAUGGCCAAACAAUUCCCUAACAACGGUACCGUGCUCACAAUACAACUGGUUCUUAGGUUUCUUAAAUCAUAUCAUGCAAUUUAAGUAAUAAAAACCGUAGUAUACAUCCCAUUUCAUAUAAAACCGGCCAUUUCACAAAUCCUGGCAUAUAGCCGUCACAUAAAAACUUGGCUCUCAGCCGUCAAAUACAACCCGACUCUUAGCCGUCAGAUAAAACCCGACCUGCAACCGUCAUAUCAAAAUUGAGUAUUUUACACCAACAAUUCCAAUAUUUUUACAACCCGUGUAAAUCAUCAUUUUACAAUGUAUUUUCACAACCAUACCCAAAUUCGAUUAUACAAUAACCCUAUAGAUUAUUCACUUGUCACACAAUUUCAGUAUUUUAAUAUAAUCCAAUAAACAACUGAGGAGUACCUUGUAGUAUACUAGUAUGUAAAGUAAAAUCAAGCUUUUCACCGUUCAAUUAUUCAAAAUACCGUAUCAUAUAUCCUAUCUUUGUAAAGUCUAUUUUGAACGGUUGGUUUUUGAAAUAACCUUUGAAAUCGUAAGUAUACAUAUAUAUGAUGCAGUAUAAUCGGUUCAAAUUUAAUAAAAAUCUGAUUUAACUUAAUCUCCUUACCUAUUUCUGAAAAAUAGACUGCUAACGUUUCAAAAAUGAAAAUCCUAGCUUUCCGGUCCUGCCGCUGAAAGCGGGCCGAGAGAGAAGGGAAAGAUGAUUGGAGACCGAACACGGCCUCCGGGUGAGCCUACGGGAGAGAGAGGGUCACGAGAGAGUGAGAGUAGAAAGAGAGAGAGGAAAAUUUUAAGUUAUGAAAAAUUAUAUGUUGCUUAGCCCUUAAGUAAGCAGACUCGCAAGAAAACCGUCGACGGUUUUCCUUGCACUAACAAAACCGUCGACGGUUUUUCUCGAGCUCGAUGAAAUCGUCAACGGUUUGGGUCCUACCAAACCAAUUUCCUUCUUUUUCCUUUAUUUUCCUUUAUUUCUCUCUUCUUUAGUUAUUUUCUUUUAUUUUCUGGGUUCGGGUGUCUACACGGCCAUUGACACGUGGCGUCCCACCCUCCUUUUGUUCAAGCGCCUCACGUGGUCUCUUUUCGGCCGUCUGAUCAUUUGUUUCCCAGUGACGACCAUGAUCCGGCCACGUCAGUGAUCCAGGUCUAUCCUCAUCACCCCUCCCGCUGCAUGACAUGUGGCCUAGCCUAUUGACUAGUUGACUCCCUGACCAAUUGACCCCUUGACCGGUUCCCCUUGAACCGUCUGACUUCCUGAGCCGGUUCCUAACUGGUUUCUUUUUCUCUUUAUUUAUUUUAUUUGUAUCAUAUUAAUAUUAUUUAUUUAUAAAUUCAUGAAAAAUUUGGAAAAAUUACAAAAAAUUCAGAAAAAUAGAGGAAAAUUAUAAAAAUAGUUUUGACUUGGUUUUGAUUAUUUUCUUUAUAUUUGUAUUAUAUUAUUUAUUUUUUAAAAAUCGGGAAAAAUAUGGAAAAAUCAUAAAAAAUAAGGAAAAUUAUGGGAAAGUUCUAAAAAAAUAUUUUUGAGGUUGGAAAUAUGUUUUUGCACGCGUUUCAUCCCAAAUGAGUCCAAAAACCUCCCAGAAUAUUUUGAAAAUAUUACUUAAAAUUCUAAAAAUUUUAGCAAAAAUCUGGGAGUUAUUUUCGUAAGAUAUUUUCUCGAUUUUCAUUUCCUAUGUUUUCAAAAAGGGGUACGGGCUUUCUAAGCCUUAUGUACCUUAAGCUCUGAGGGAAUACUUAUAUAAAAUAUACCUUGUGAAUAUUUGUAUGGCCCAUUUGUUACAUGAACAUUAAUAAUUUUGUAAUUUUUCAAGAGGAGUAAAAUAAAUGCCUAUUGAAUUAAAUUUUGGAUAAUCUUCAAUUAAUUAGGUUCCGUUCGUAGAACGGGUGUGUAGGGGGUGCUAGUACCUUCCCUUCACAUAACCGUAAUCCCGAUCAUGGUAACGCAGACCGAUUCUACCCUUAAUUGGGUAGUAAUCACGUGUUCUAACCACACUCCAAAAGGUUAGUGGAGACUCCAACAUCCAUUUUUCACGAAAAUAAUCAAAUCAUUUUUCAUUCGCCCACCCCGGGGCACCCUCGCUCCGCGAGGACGUCGCGACAAUGAGUAAUGAGUGUUAUGAUCUAUUACUUCUUGUGUUGCAUAUAAAAUAUUUGCUGGGUUAUUGGUUUAUUGAUAAUUGAGGAGUUACUUUUCUUGUUUUCCAAAGAAACACAAAAGCUUUCAGUUAGAUAGACACACAAUUUGCUAAUGCAUGUAUAUAUUGUUUUUCCUGUCAAGUAAUAUAUGAGGACCCAAUUUCUUCAGGGAAAAACUGCAAUAUCAGUGGAUGAGUCAUUCAAAAUCCUAGGCUGCAGGGAACAACAGAAAAGGUUAUCGGCUCUUGAGAUGGAGUUGGCUGCAGCUAGACAGCAAAACUUUGUUUCAAAGCACUUGGCAGGAACUAAUGGCACACAUUCAAAGAGAAGGUCCCUACUUGUAAUCGGAAUAUUCACAGCAUUUGGCCGCAAGAAUUAUAGAGAUGCAAUCCGUAGGGCAUGGAUGGGAACUGGUGCAGCUCUGAAAAACCUGGAGUUUGAGAAGGGCAUCAUUGCACGAUUUGUCAUUGGAAGGAGUGCAAAUCAAGGCGACAGCUUGGACAGGGGCAUUGACAGUGAAACUAAGCAGACCAAUGACUUUCUUCUUCUGGGAAAUCAUGUUGAGGCACAUGAGGAAAUUCCAAAGAAGACAAAAUUGUUCUUUGCUCAUGCAGCAGACAUAUGGGAUGCCGAGUUUUAUGCUAAAGUCAAUGAUGAUAUUUAUGUAAAUAUUGAUGCCCUGGGUUCUACUCUGGCAGCUCAUUUGGACAAACCUCGCGUUUAUAUUGGAUGCAUGAAAUCGGGCGAAGUUUUCUCUGACCCGAGCAAUAAAUGGUAUGAGGCAGAUUGGCAGAAAUUUGGUGAUGGGAAAUCGUACUUCCUCCAUGCUUCUGGCGAAAUUUUUGUCAUAUCCCAAGCUUUGGCUAAAUUUGUAUCAGUAAAUAGAUCUAUUCUUCGUACUUAUGCCCACGAUGAUGUCAGUGUUGGGUCCUGGUUUCUUGGGCUCAAUGUUGAGCAUGUCGAUGAAGGAAAAUUUUGCUGCUCAUCUUGGUUGUCAGGAGCUAUCUGUACAGCUGUUUGACUCGACAACCCUGAGGAGAAAACAUUAACCUGCUGACUAAGACGUACUCAUUUAUGUUAUGUUAUUGCUUUUGGGUUGACAAUGGACAAAUCCAGCAGAGGUCUAUUCAGAGUUGACUCCAACACGAGGGCAGUUUUUAGUUGAUAUUCAAAGAUCAAUUUUGCCUAUUUGUGAAAUAUUGGGAGUUGUAUUUGAGUAAUGGCGUCUCGGUUAAAGCAAUCCUAACAAAUUUUUCAUUUUAUCGGCAAGAAAUUAACUGGGGAGGAUUGUCCCUUGACAUGAUGUAUGAUACACUUGCCUCUCUUGCUUGAUGUACCUGUAGAUUUUUUUUUUUCCUUUACAGGGAAAUUUAAAGAAAGAUUUGAUUGUUUAAACUAUAACAAA